UUAGGAAUCUUAGGCGACUUGGAUAUAUUAGCCUGAUGAGAAACAAAUUGACUCAUUUGUUACCUGAAACUUUUGCAGGACUGACAAAUCUUUACGGAUUGAGUCUUCAUGACAACAGGCUAAGAGAGAUUGGACCUAGGAUGUUUGUUGGCCUGUCUAAAGUGACGUUCAUAUUUCUUAGUCUUAACAAAUUGACAUUGAUUAACAGAGAUGCGUUUGUUGAUUUUCCUGUUUUAAACUACCUUAAUUUGACCGGUAAUGCUAUCCGAAAUAUGCAAGCAGGUUCGUUUAGGAAUUUAUCUUCACUCAGCACAUUGGAUCUAAGUGGCAAUCAACUUAUAGACAUAGGCCCUGACGUGUUUUUCAACGUUUCACGUCUACGGGCCUUACAUUUAGAGAACAACCAGAUAUCCUUUCUGAGCGAAGUGUUAUUUUAUGUCAUUAAGAAUUCAUUACGCGAAGUGAACUUAAAAAGUAACGAGUUGUCAAGCACUUCCUGGAAAUGGUUGGGAAAGUUACUUGGUCAUCUCAAAGGGUUAAGGAUGCUUGAUUUAUCUCACAAUCCUCUAAAGUAUAUCCCCGCGGACGUAAUACCGACACUGGCAACAAUGCUAGAAGUUCGUCUAAGGAACUGUAGUUUAGAUAAGGUUCCUGAUAAUGCAUGGAACGUCUCUUUGGAUCUGUCAAUGAACAAUAUCCAAGGUCCCCUCUUAUUAAGGAAUUCCCAUACAGCUAGCUCUAGACUUAACGUUUCGAACAACAAGAUAACUGCACUUAACGUAAAAAUCCCUUAUAGGAAUAAUCAUUACACGGACAACUUAAUUGUAUGUGACAACAAUCAAAUCCAAGACAGUUUAGUAAUAGAAGUAGAACAUCCGACUGAAUUUUCUGACCGUUCUUAUAUUAAAGUUUCUGCAAAACAUAACUUCAUAAACGAAGCCAUUCAAUUCCUUUUUCAUGAGAAACAAGAUGGCGAUGUAAGUUUACGUUUAAAUGCUGACCUUUCCUUCAACACAUAUGUAAACGUAACAAAACUACCAGUAGAUAUCAAAGUUAAACCUGGUGGAGAAGUAUUGAUACCUGGUGGCAGGUCAGCACCUGUAGUGUUCCGGAACUAUGAAAUUACAUUAAACCUCUCUAAUAACGCUAUCUCGUAUAUUUCCCCGGAAGCCUGUCUUGGCAUAGUUUACAAACUGGAUCUGCGGAACAACAGGUUGGAGGUUUUCGGUGACCUGAUGCCCAAGACUGAUUCUCCCGAGUAUAAACUUCAAUACCUCUACCUUUCCGGGAACAGACUCCAUCGUGUAACUACUGAGACCUUUGAUCGAUAUGAACUGCUUUACCACCUCGACCUCCGUGACAACGAUAUUAUCAGUUUAAACAGCUUUAAUAUUAGCAAUAGAUUUCCGGAGCUGUUUCUGACAGGUAACCCCUUAACGUGUGGAUGUGAGAUUGCUGGGUUAAGGAACGGCACCAUGCCAGACAAGAUAGACUUGGUACGCUGUCAUUCUCCUCGGGCCUUUACCGGGUAUCUCGCCGUGUGUUUUCCGUUAUCGGCAUGUUCCAGCAGUGUUUCUGUGUCAGUCAGUGAUAAGACUAGAUGGCUGUGUGAACAGGACUCCAAUAUAAAACUGUCAAAUCUAACUGUGACUGUUGAAAACGGUGUGGUCAGCGUUACCUGGACGAAGACUGGACCCGGGAUGAUGACAGGUUACAGAGUCAAAUAUCACCCAGUGAAUGAUAUUGGUAUGGGGGGAUCCACUUUAGUUCACCCGGAAACAGAAAAGGUGCUUCUUGACGAUCUGUCAAUGGACACGACUUACAACAUAUGUGUUUUCGCUGUGGUACGUUCACGGAGGAAGGGCCCGGCGGUUUGUACGGGUAUACCGGUAAUCUCUGCAAGAAACGAAACACCUUUUGCUGAAGGUGGUGUCGUUAUUGGCUUAGCCUCAGCUUUGGGGUUAUGUGUUCUGUUAGCAGGAGCUGUGACGAUUUGCCUGUGUGUACGAAAGCGUAGAUCAGGUCAGAAUCAGCCGAAUGAUUCCUCCCUUGACACCGAGCCUGGUUAUUCACAAUCUGUGUCGACAAACCCUGCAUAUGUACCCACAAAUGUGUCUGCUCAAGCAGAGCCGGGCGAAAUAAACAGCGUGAAUAUUCGACAUCCGAACAACGAGAGUCAAACUGAAGAUGGGAACAUAUAUGAGAGGAUUAACAGAUCAACUGCACACGAAAACUCGGGUUUCCGUGCAUGAUAUAGUGACGGAGAAUUACAAUACUCUUUUUCAGUAUGACGAACAAAUAUAGUGUGGAAGAGCGGAACUACUUUCAAAUAGAAAGUCUCUAAUGAUUUCAGCUGGAUAAUUUCAUUUGAUUGCCUUUUCCAUUUCUAGUGGAAAAACUAUAUAGUUCAUUAUUGUAAAAUCCUAAUACACCAUUGAAUACAGUACUUUGCUAUAUACAAUCACAGUAUAUAUUUAGUUAUCACAAUCCAGAGAAAAUUCUAGGCCUGUGAUUUGUCAAUCUACUUGGGUAAACUACCAUAUUCGCCGAGGGUCAAUAUUUUCACUGGCCCUUUGGGCUGGUGUACUCGUGCAAAACACUGGUAUAACUUAUGUCAGUGAUUGUUAACCAGAUUGAAGAGGAUAGUUCCGUGUGAAACAGUCAGAUUGUGUGCAAGAGUAGCUAGAUUUCCCCUUAGUUGAGGUGAUUCUGCUGUGUUGUCAAGAAAUAUUAUGUUUAGAUUGUUUUUUGGAAUAAGUGAAGUUUUUGUUUCUUUGCUGUACUUAUACAUACAUCUGAUACACCAUCUACAAUAUCACAUAAACAAACGCUGUCCAGGCGC